UGGAGCCGUGGGGUCUCUCGGCACGGACACGCAGGAGGGGAGUGCCCGGGACAGCACCGAGCCGGCGGGACGCAGCGGGUGGCGAUGAAGAAGCAGAAGCAGAAGCAAAGCAAAGGGGAGCCCAAAGCCGGCCCCGAGGAGGAGUCCCACACUUGUUGUGGCUGCCGGUUCCCGCUGCUGUUCGCUUUCCUGCAGCUGGCACUGGGCACCUCUGUAACGGCGCUGGGCUUCCUGAUGGCAGGCAUCAGCUCCUCUCUGCCAGUCAGAGACACUCCGUACUGGGCUGGGAUACUUGUCUGUGUGGUGUCCUUGGUGGGCUUCGUUAUGCUCUGUGUCUCCUACCAGCCUGAUGAGAAGACAUGUCUGCAGUUCACAGCCAAGCUGAUGUAUUUCAUCCUGAGUGCCCUGGCUCUGAUUGCCUGUGUCUUGGCAGUGGCUUUUGCUGCCCACCACUAUGUGCAGAUGAGCAGAUUUACCUGCAACACCAUCCUCGAGUCCUGCCUCUGCAAGCUGGACACAGAAGACCCUCUUAGUAGGAGCUUCAUCUACCAGGACGUGGCUGACUGUGGCAGCCUCACCAGCAUGCUCCACCUCUACCUGCCUCUGCAGAUGGGCCUCAACCUGGUGGCAGCCCUGGUCUGUCUGUCAGCCUGCUUCGUGGUGUGGAAGCACAGAUACCAGGUCUUCUACGUGGGCGUUCGGUUCUACCCUCUAACUGCCACCGAAGGCCAGCAGCAGAAAGUGUAGGUGCUGGGCAGGGGGGAGGCUGCAGCCAGGGAAUGGGGGAUGUCAGCACGGUGCCACCGUAGACACCACCAGGGGAUGAGUGUUUGUAAGGUUUUUUUGACAAGCAAAACCAUUCUCGGUUUUAAUGAAUAUAUUGUCAGUAAUUUUAGGAGCACUUCCUGUGGCUGCUCCUGCCAAAGUCUCCUGUGAGAUGAGGCAGAGGUCACAAAGUCCUAAAGGUGCAGCUGCACAGAGCUCACAGAGAGCACUUUUAAUAGCCACAAACAGAAUGAGAGCUUUGGAAAGCACUGGGAAGUCAUCUGCAGGGUCUGGUAGGGUCUGCUUCUCUCUGCUUCUCUCACUGGUGGAUGUCUGUCCUUGCCCUCGGAGGAGCUACCAGACGAGUAUCUGGUGCUAGCUGCUUCAUCACAGUUCUGCUGAUCAUGCUUAGGGAAUGUGCUGUCUGCUGGGGGCUCUGGGUGCAAUCCAUGCUAACCUGGGGGGUUUGCCACAUGGAAAAGCAAUAAGGGGGGUUGAGACCUCUUCAAAUGCAGGUUGAGACCGGCAGCCAGGUGACUACUAGUGACUGCCACAUAAAGUGUAGAUAAGAUCAAGAGAAUCCUGGAAUCCUUUUGGAUCGAAAAGAACAAGCCCAACCAUUCUCUGACUCUGCCAAGGCUGGGGCUAAGCCAGCACCUAUCACUGCCUCUUUGAAACACCUCCAGGAUGGGGACUCAGUCACUCCCUGGACAACCUGUGCUGGGCUGUGAGAACUCUUUCAGGCACCAAAUUUCCUCUGAUGUCCAACCUGAACCUCCCCUGGUGCAGCUUGAAGCUGUUUACUCUCAUCCUAUCACUCGUUACAAGGGAGAAGAGCCCAACCCCCACCUGGCUUCUAACUCCUUUCAGGCAGUUGUAGAGAGCAGUGAGGUCUCCCCUCAGCCUCUUCUCCAGGCUGAACACCCCCAGCCUCUCAGGGCCUGCAUUCAGGGUUCACCUAGUCCAAUUACCAAUAAGGAGCAGAAGGAGUGGGCAGGGGAACGGUGGUUUGGUGAGUCCUGCUUGAGACCCCAGACAGGUUUCUGAAGUAGGAGUGCUUGGCACUUUGUGAGAAAAGAUCACCUUGAGUUCAGGACCCUAAGUCAACAGGCAGGCUGCAGUCUCAGUUGGCACUGCUGGAGUGCAGGCUCCCAGCUCCACCUCCAGCCAGCUCCACGUCCAUCCAGUUCCACCAAUUGUACUCCAAGCACAAAAGGCCAAAUGCAGUUCUGGUGCAGCUCCUCUCAAGACAAUCAAUCCUACACACCAGCUGGUGGAGUUGAGCCAGCAGCUCUGAAAGGCAGAUCCCUACAGCACUGAGUGCUUGUAGAAUGGGUGGAGGGAGGAAAGCAAGAAGAGGCUGCCGGGCUCCCAGAAGCACGGCCUGUGGUGGUGAGGGCUCAGGGAUCCCCAUCCCUUCAGCUGCAGGGGGACUAACUUCAAAUGCAGCCCUCCCACCCUGCAAGUGCUGCUCUGGCAGUGCUCUGCACCUCGGUAGCCUUGUCCCAAGACAAGUAUGUCAGUUUGUCCCCCAAGCUGUCACCUCCUCUCGCACGGCAGGGACUUCGAGGGCAGCAGCAGGAUGGGCUCAGCAGGGCUCGCCCUGCCUGCCAGCCACCCCCUGAGCACAGGUGGGGCAGCUGCAGCUCACACCCUGCCACUGCCAGGGACUGCCCAACCUAGCCAGAGCGAGGCUGUCUCUGAGGUGGAGCAACCACAUGCCAGAAAAGCUCUGCCAGAAUCAUGAGCAAGGAGGAAGCAAAUAAAAUUUCUGUAAGGCUUCAAAGAAGCAAAACUGUUCUUCAGCAAAAAUAGCUACCCGGGAGUAAAAAUCCUCAGUGUGGCAGAGAGCUGGAGGCCUAGGGAGCUCUCAUCCUGCCCCAGAACUGCCUUCCACAAGGUGGUUGUGCAUCACCCUAGGCCCAGAGCAGCACACCUCCAGCCAGAAGAUCACAGCCCAGUUAUGUCUCCUGUGGUCACCUAGAGCAGGACUUGGUGUACUGCUUGGCCUUUUGCCAUGGAAGGUGACUGCAGCAGAUGCAGCCUCCCCAAGGUGCUUGCUGCCAAGUGAGGAGUAUCAGACAACCAAAGCUUUUGGGACCAGCUUCCAAACAGCCUUUGUUACCCACCUAAACGCAGCAGCCACCAGUAAGCUGGCUGCAGGACGCCUUUACAAGGGUGCCCAUUUGUGUCUUACCUGUUGCCACUCACCCAAAGUCCUAAGCUGAGCUCCCAGGCACGCUCGGAACAGCUGGGACGGCAGUGGAGGGUGGGCGUGGGUUGGUGAUGGGCACUGGUGAUGCCAUCCGUGGGGCAGUGGGAGCAGGUCUGUCUCCCCCGGCUCCAGCAGAGCUCAAGGAUGCGUGCCAGGACCAGCCUCCUGCCAAGGUGGAUAUGGAGGGUGCCUCUCAUCUGCUGGUGGUGCUCAGAUUUUGGGUUGUCCCCACUCCCCUGCACAGCUCCAGCUGUGCCCUCUGUGGAAACAGAGCAGAGGAAGUGGCCUCAAGUUGCACCAGGGGAGGGUUAGGUUGGAAAUGAGGACAAAUUUCUUUGCUGCAAGAGUGGUAAGGGCCUGGCACAGGCUGCCCAGGGAGGUGGUGGAGUUCCCAUCCCUGUAGGUGUCCAAGAAAUACAUGGACAUGGCCCGUGGGGACAUAGUUCAGUGACCACGGUGGAGUUAGGCCAAUGGCUGGACUGGAUGAUCUUAGGGGGCUUUUCCAACCCAAAUGACUCUGGUCCUGGGAUUGAUCCCAUACACCUUCCUCCCACCUACACCAGCCUUACUGCACUGGUGCCUCCCUCUGGCCAGCAGCAUGGGACAUCCUUCCUGCCAAGAGGAGAACAAAAAGUGGAAAAGGGAUUGAGGGGAGCCUGAGUGCCACAUGAGCUUUGGGACUUCCUCCUGCCCUUGUCACCAGGUGCUGC